UUCGUCCCUUGUCAUUCCAUUCGAUUAGGCCUCGCUCGAAAACAGCACACACACCUUGAAGGCGACCUAAUCCCAGAUCCCCAGUUCUCAGAUACCCAAAUACCUAGAUACCCAGUUCCCAGACGAUGGCUGACGGCUUCAAGAAGUACUUCAAUGGGACAACUAUCAAUGGGCGAGCAAACGUGGCCAAGGCCACAUACGGCACGAUAGCUCUGCUGUACGUCAUAUACCGCUUGCGCCGCGGAUCUGGGAAGUCCUCCGGUGAGUUGGCCAGCGGGAAGUGCAGCUGCGAGUCGGACCACGAGGCGCCACUGAAUGGCGACAUCGGCGUCUAUGGCGUGGAUCCCGACUGCUCCGUUUGCCGGGAGCGUUCGGAGCGGGCGAUGACCGAGUACGAUCGGGAGCAGCAGCGCCGUUCGGCGGGCCACGAUGAGGACGGCUGCCGCGACGACCCGCCUCCGCCGCCGCCACCUUCAUCUGGCGGAUCCGGAGGAGCAGGAUCAGCUUCACCGCGCAGCAAGUGUCCCUGCGAGGAGAGCCCGCGUCCGACCAGCCAGCUGAUGGGCCAGGUGCACGACACCUUCUACCGGGUGCUGCGUGGAGUCGUUGGUGCCGUCUUGGGCACUGCGGCGGUCAGCACCAGCGGGAGCGGAAGCGGUACCGCUAACGGUUCCCCGGCAGCAGCUCAGUUCGAGGAAGAUGAGGGGGAGGAGGAGGAACGCCACGAGUACGUGAAUGAGACGCCGCUUAAUCGCCGCUCCGCCCCGCGCUUUUGCCUGGCCACCACCAACAGGAACAACAACAGGAACAGCAACAACAACAGCCAAUGCCAGGAGAACGCCUCGGAACGCCAGCCGGAGGAGGCAGCCCGGGAAAAGGCAGAGGCCCAGCCAGAGGAUCAGCCGGAGUACAGCGCCUUCAGCGACGGCUUCGCCUCCGGCCUGUUCUUCACCAGCGACGAGAAGUGAGCGGCGAUCGGUGAGAGAAGGGAACCCCGUCUUCGGACCAGUUUCCUUUGGGGAUCUUCCAAAUUCUUAGUUGAAAAUAAAUAAACUUUUAAAAUGCCGAAAAAA